UCUACUGAAUAGAACCACUGUGAUAUGACAGAACAUGACGCCUAUUAUGGAGGGUCUCAUACAAUUACAGAAAGAUAUUUUUGCAAAAAUCAGUAACAAUGAAGUGUGUGAACUCAAAACUUUAUUGGCGACGAAUAAAAUUAAGAUAAAUUUUGUAGAUGAAAAUGGCAUGAGUCCGCUUCAACAUGCUUGUUACAAAGGAAACAAAGAAAUUGUGCAGAUGCUCCUCGACCAAGGUGCAGAUGUGAAUGAAUGUCAACAUGAACAUGCUUAUACUGCUCUUCAUUUUGCUGCUUUAAGUGGAAAUGCAGAAUUAUGUCAUCUUUUAAUGUCACAUGGAGCUCGCUUAACAGCAACAAAUAGUGUUGGUAGAACAGCUGCUCAGAUGGCAGCUUUUGUAGGAAAUCAUAAUUGUGUAGCAACUAUUAAUAAUUUUAUUCCAAAAGCUGAUAUAGAUUAUUAUAUUAAGCCUCAAGGUUUACAAACUGAACCAUUGCUGCCACUGCAUCUGGCAGAUUGUUUUCAUAAAUUCGUCAUGCAAGUUAAUGUAAAUCCUGUACGUGUGUGUAUAAAUUUGCAGAAAUUUCCUGCUCUUUUAGAAAAUGCAGCAAAAAUACAAAAAGUAUUGGAAUCUAUGCGCUACAGAGAAAUGACACGUGGUGCUGAAACAAAUGAAGUAAUGGCUUUCAAGUAUCAUUAUCUAAGUUGUGUUGUGGCAGAUGUAUUGAAAUGUCAGAAACGACAAGGGGCUAUGAAAAUGGAAAAAAGCGAGAAGGGAAAUGAAGAGGGAGAAGAAAAAAAAUCUGAUGCUGUAGAACUUUUGAUAAGAAGAUUUCUCAAGUGCAGCAAAAGCGAUAGUUUACCAGAAUAUCAAGAGGCAUUUCUCCGAGAAUCAGUGAGAGAAUUUCCAUUUAGAGAAAGUACUAUUUUCCGCCAGAUGGUUGCUACAUUGACCAGCACAGAUCCACCAUCUGCUAUUUCUGUAAUUUCUGCUGCGAUUAAUGGGCAGAGAGGCUUCUCUGAUAAUGGCCAAAUCUGUAUAACUUGCGGUGAGGAUAAAGCUACAAAAAAAUGCAGUAAAUGUAAAGCUGUGCAGUACUGCGAUAGAGAAUGCCAGAGAUUGCAUUGGUUUAUGCACAAGAAAGCUUGUGCCAGAUCAGGUCUAUCUCCAGCUAAUAAUGGAAGAAUAGUGGAUGUAGAUAAGAACCAAAUUACCCAUGCUGUAAGCUCCAGAUUACAAAAUCUAACUAUUAAAUAAAUUGUACGUGUGUGUGUGUGUGUGUCUAUAUAUAUAUAUAUAUAUAUAGAGAGAGAGAGAGAGAGAGAGAGUUUUAAGUGAUCAGAUAUGUACAUUAGCAAUCUCUAUACACAACAUAAAUCAUAUAAAUAUGUAUCUUUAUAGAUAUUUAUCUCCUGUAUAUAGGCAUUCUGUGUACAAUUUUUAUUCUCUCUAUAUAGAAUUCGUGUUUUCUUAUAUUGUGCUUCUUCUUUCCCUCCCUCCCUCUCUUUGUGUUUUUAUAUCUAAGAAACUUAUAAAUAAAUCAUAAUAUAUUGUUAUUUUAUAUAAUUAUCAAAUUUUAAAACUGUGUGAAGUAAUUUUAUUCAGCUAUACUCUAUAUACAUAUAUGUAUGCAUAUAUAGCUAAACUGAUUGGUGCUUAUAUGUACUUCCGUAUUCUUUUUUUUUUUUUUUUUUAUUGCUCUGCUUAUACUCUAAUACAUAAAUAUAAAUUAUAAAUUAAUACUCUUGUAAUACAUGUGUACUUUGGUAAAACUGUCUGCAAUAAGAUUUUACAUAUUUGUGUUUUUAUGAAAUUUCUUUUCCUUUUCUUUAUUGAGUGUUUAUUGUUAUUAGAAUAACACAUUAUGUUUAUUUUGUUAUUAGAUUGAGAUAUAUGCGUAUUUGUAAUUGGGAGAUAUGAUAUGAUGUAAUAACAUCUUACA